AUGCCUGAAGUCGUCCAGAGUAGUAAAAUACCACCAGCGCCGCCACCUCCACCUCCACCGGAGAAACCACGACGAGCCGAUGGUCGAAGGCGUGCCAUGAAGAAGGUCGAUGAGUUACAUCCUGCAGUUGAACCAGUUUCUGGAAUCGGCACGAACUGGCUAUCCGGUGAAGAGCGAUCUCGGCUUGAGGCCGUGCAGCGCGACUGGCGCCUCAGCCGCCCAUACAACGCCAAUGCGACAAAUCGGCCAUGGAUUCGUGCUCGUCAUCGUGAACAGCAACAUCAACAACAACAGCAAAUUCAAGAUGGCACAGCGACUAGCACUCCGGCUAAUGCUACUGGAGCGCUUGUUGCUGGUCCAAACAACGCACUUGUGCCAGUCACUGCGCAGACGAGUAUAUUUGAUCGUACGAGGAAUGCGGCAAAGGCGAUUGCGUCGCCUACUGCAGGGAUAGUUGCGGCUGCGGUCAGCGAACAGUUGGCCCCUGAAGUGAAAUCACCAGUUGAAACGGCAGCUACGGAUGAGAGGGAGAAAGAGAGAAGAGAUGAAGAAGUGCGUGCAAAAGAGCAACUCGAAGUCGACGACGAUUUUGACGCUCAAGAAAAGCCCAUAGAUAAAAGUCCAAACGGCCGUUUUCUGAAAUUUGAUGAAGAGCUUGGUCGUGGAUCGUUCAAAACAGUAUAUCGUGGACUUGAUACUGAGACUGGUGUAGCGGUUGCUUGGUGUGAAUUGCAAGAAAGCAAGCUGAACAGGGUGGAAAGGCAAAGAUUUCGGGAGGAAGCAGAGAUGCUGAAGGAUCUACAGCAUCCAAAUAUUGUGAGAUUUUACGACUACUGGGAAAGGACUGAUCCAUCGGGGAAAAGAAAGUAUAUCGUGUUAGUUACGGAAUUAAUGACAUCGGGUACUCUUAAAAUGUAUUUAAAACGGUUCAAGCGAAUAAAUAUCAAGGUUUUGAAGUCGUGGUGUCGACAGAUUCUAAAGGGUCUUUCGUUUUUGCACUCUAGAAAUCCACCGGUAAUUCAUCGUGAUUUGAAGUGUGACAAUAUAUUCAUCACGGGGACGACGGGCAGUGUAAAAAUCGGUGAUCUCGGAUUAGCUACUCUGAAGAACAAGUCAUAUGCGAAGAGCGUUAUUGGAACACCGGAGUUUAUGGCGCCUGAAAUGUAUGAGGAGAUGUAUGACGAGUCGGUUGAUGUAUACGCUUUUGGAAUGUGCCUCCUUGAAAUGGUCACCGGUGAAUAUCCAUAUACGGAGUGUCAGUUUCCUGCACAGAUUUACCGCAAAGUCACUACGGGUGUGAAGCCGGAGUGCUUCAACAGAAUUCCUCAGCAAUAUCCAGAAAUUCGUGAGAUCAUUGACCGAUGCAUCAGGGUCCGCCGCGAAGAACGAAGCACUGUGAAGCAGUUACUUGCUGACGAUUUCUUUACUCCAGAGGAGUUGAUUGGUAUAAGGGUAGAAAUCAAAAAUCGUGACCUAGAUCUUGCCGAGUUGAAUGUGGAGAUCCAGAUGCAGUUGAGGGUCUAUGACGAGAAGAAGAGGAAGCAAUAUCGAUUCAAAGAGAAUGAGGGUCUUCAGUUUGCUUUCGACAUUGAGAACGAUACAGCUGAAGAGGUUGUACAGCAGAUGAUUGAACAACAACAUAUCCCCGAUGAGGACACGAAGAUGAUCACAAAGUUGAUCAAGGAUAAGGUGGAAAGCUUCAAGAGAGAUCGCGAGUUUAGGAUAGCUGAGCUAAAAAGGCAACGUGAAGAAGAAGAAAGGCAGCGAGAAGAACAGGCGAUCAAGGAAGAGAUGAAGGCUCGGGCAAAGGGGAAGGAGAAUGCGCGUUUGGAAGCUGAACAGAAGGAAGCUGCAGUGGCAGCCGCUGCUGAAGCGGCGCAUGUCACAAGCUCACAGCCACCAGCUGUUUCACCUCCAUUAGCAACAUGCGCGCAAACUAUAUCUUCUACUAUGCAGUCAGUUACAGCUACAACAUCAACUGUAGCAGCUGAUAGAGUUAUACAGAACGCCGCAACCCCAGUGCCGGUCUCUGAUGAUGUACCUGAUGGGCAAACUGUUGCUGCACAUGAGGAGAAGAAGAAGGCUAAAAGAAAGAUAGCGUUGGAGGUGCUGAAAGUUGAUGAUUCCAAGGAUCAGCCGCUGGUUUCCUGUAAACUCGACACUGCCCAUAAAACUGUGACUUUCCAAUUCGCACCGGAUUCAGACAAGCCCUCAGUUAUUGCUGAAAAACUCCUAGCAGAGAACUGUCUUGCCCCACACCAUGUAUCGAUUGUUGAAGAUCAGUUAGAACAAAUAAUUGAGCUUGUUAACAAAGGCGUGAGUCGCGUUGUAGGGACAAAACUCACUACUGUAGUGGAAACACAAACAACAACAACAACGAGUAACUUAUCCUCUGGCCCUCCUACCGCUAGAGCUGCCGUAUCGCCAGCGCCGAAUACGGCCCAGGCAGCAUCGACUUCUCAAGCAACUGCUAAGAUUGCAUCAGUAUCCCAGCAAAGUACGGCAACUCCACUGCAGACUGUUCAAGUGCCGAUCCCGAGUGGUGCAAACGAAGCGUGUAUGGCUGCAUCACCGCCACUUGCAAGGAAUGAUCAGAAGCCAUCACUGCAGACGGUUGCAACAAUGAGUCGAAGUGUUGACGGGGACAGUUCGACCUCAACAGUCACACCUGUAUCACAAGCUAAUGUGCCCCAGUCGUCAUCAGUUCAUGUUAUGAGCACUAUUACUACACCAAGUACUGUUUCCGUUGCCGCUGCUACUACAGCUAAAAAACCUUCGCGAUUUCAGGUUACGCCUUCAGCAGUCACAUCUAUUGCGCCCACACCGGUUGCACCGUUGCCCUCAGUUGAGACGAGCACACUUCCCCACGCUGAAACCCAAACUCAACAAUUGAGCCCACCAGCGCCGGCAGCCGUAUCCGCUGGAUCGUCGCCAAGUACCACCGCUCACUCUAACACAUCUUCUGUCACGAGUAACGCUAGUACAGGGAGUAGGUUCAAGGUGCAAAAUGUCCCUAUCCAAGCUACGUUGGCACCAACCCCAUCUGCGGAAUCAGGUUUCUCUUCGUCCACUUCCACUCACACAGAAGGUAGCAUCUCGAGUAUGGGCUCCGCUUCGACUCCUCUGGCGGUACAACCACCAAACACCGCCAACGUUGCGGCUUCAAUGACAAUGUCGAUGCCAAUGAUAUCCCCUGCCACGAUUUCAAUUCCAACUGCUCCAGUAGCUUCGUCUGCAACGUCGAUACAAGCGACUUCCGAAGCAGCUUCUGCGUCUCUCGCGCCAGCAACAACAUUAGCUUUUAUCGCAAGCGAAACAGCAGCAGUUCUGACACAUCAGCCUUCAGUUACGCCCUCACACCUCGACCUCUCUGCUCUACAAAAGUUGGAUUCCGAGCUAAGAAAAGUUAGUGGAGUGUCAACCGUCUCCGCUGCGUGCUCAUCACUUCACGGACCAAUCCCAGAAGCAAUGUCACAGUCAGCUGUUGGGACGCUGCACACUGGUGCUCAGGUUCAUAACGCACAUGUUGCCCAUCACCCAACUGCGAGCCUUCCACACACUCCAGCCCAUACAGGAGAAGUGGUUACUAACCUCGCAGGGCUAAGCGAAAAACUAGCAGUUCUCAGCCAAAUCCAACAACAGCGAGAGCAGCAGCAACUGUCUCAGCAGCCUCAGCAGCCCGUUGCUCCAAUGUCUUCACAACCGCUGCCGUCGAAGGAGGAUGAAGAAUACCUGUCAAAUCAAACGACAGCUAGCGGGACGGAUGAUAUUCAUGUCGAUACGCUUAACGGCCUUGCACAAGCACUUCAGAAGGUGAUCAAUCCUGAACAAAGGGAACCAACUCCCUUAUCUGGCGGUGAGAUGCACGGUCGUGCUUCACCUCAUCAUUUUGCAAGCUCCAGCCAGGAACUUUAUCAUCUGCCCACCACGUCUUCUCUACUACCUUCUGUGGCCGCUACGUCGGAUGAUGAGUUGUCGUCGCCAGAAAGGACUGCGACAGGGCUUGCCUCAAUUGUCGCUGGUACUGCUGCCUUGGAUCCGAUCAGUUUAACUACCGCCCAAAUGUUGCCUUCACAUACAGUCCCAGACUUGUCACAACGCCUUCGUGGUAUAGACAGUCUGGCAACGUUUGAAAAUCUGGAGAGCGCCUUGUCGUGUACUCUUGGCACAUCGAGUAUGCGACCAAGUGUCGUACGCGAUGACGCAUCGACGCAACGCGAUGAUCUGUCAAGUGUGUGCGGGAGCAGCGCACUGUUUCACGUCGGUACCCCACCGCUGUUCAGUCCAGUGCCAACAUCUGAUUCGGAGUUCGAUUGCCAGGCAGAUGACGAUGACGACGAUGACCCAGAGAUCUUAGCGUUGAUCCGAAGACACCGAAUGCAGCAGCUUCAACUUCGUGAACAACAAAGACUUGAGCUUGAAGAGCUACGCGCACGACAGCGUCAGCUACGUAUGAUUCGAGCCUCAACAGCUGCACCAGAACCAAGUGGUGACCACACUUCAACCAGCCAUCAAGGCACUCACUAUCAUCGACAUCAAGCGUCGGCGUUUUCAUUACCACCUAGUCCACCUCCAACGAAUGCGAAUAAUAACGAGAGGCCAUCACCGAGACGAACUGACUGCUCGACGCUUGCCGCACAGUUGCUAGCCAUGCAUGGAUCUUCCACAUCGUCAACAGGAGCAUCUGGCUCGUCAACGACAACAGGCGCUGGAUCAUCUCAGGCUAAUUUGGUCCCGUUAGAUAACUGUUCUCAUCCAAACCGUCUUCGGGAUAACUACUCAGCGCCACCACCACAAAGUUGA